UCUCGAAAAAACCGGGCAAGGCUUUGCGAGAAAGCUAUCAACUUAGGUGUAACCUUCUUCACAGCAAAGGAACUCAAUUAUUGCCUGCAUGGAGCCAUCAAUAUAGAACUACACAUCUUCUGAUGACACCAAUGCGUUGAUCGGAAAAGCUACAACAUGCAUAAUGUCCAACAGUUUGAGCAAGGCACUUCCCGCAAUGUCGCUGUAUACUGGGUAAACGUAAACGGCUGCACUGAAAUAAUGGCUCUUCUCGACAAACUGUUGACCCCAGUUAUGAAUCAAUACAAACAACCUAUCAACAAGUGUCUCAAAGUGCUCAACAAAAAGAACAACAAGAAAACUGGUGUCGCCAAACAAAAUGCUUGUAUGGAUAAAGUUUGGGGACAGGCGUUGGCAAUAAUCACCAAGCAAUUUGUUAACAAGGUCUGCACUGCUGUCGCCAAAAAGAUGAAUGCAAAAGAGUGGAAUUGUUGUAAAACUUAUGUGGUUAAAGUUGUUAAUGUAACGCCAUACAAGCGUUUUAAUAUCGUGAAAUAAAA